AUGAUUGUAGGCGGCGAUUAUCUGAAAUGCCAGAAGGAAGUCGGCAAAAUCGAAUCGGAGCACGACAUUGAUCGAAUCAUCACUCCGGAAUGGCCUUGUCGCGAAUUGUCGAUCAUCGAGCGACGGCGAAUUUUCGGCGCGAAAUUCGAUGAAUAUGAGGCGAAAUUUCGGCAGAAAAACGAACGACAAAUCAUCGAGUAUCGACGAAUGAAGAAUUUGGAGAACAAUCAUAAAUUGGACGACAUUUUGUAUAAAAAUGGCGAGAUGAAUACAACAGAACUGCCGAUACAGGAAACGACAGUACCAAUCAAAGAAAACAAGCGAACGCUCGCAAAUCGCUGCCGAUACGAAAUGGAUCGUCUCAAAUUAGUCAAUAUAACUGAAACCGAGGACGCCAUCGAUCGGCUAUUCCGAUCCGAUGGGCCAUGCCGUCUGAUCAGCAAACAUGACCGAAUAAGAUUUAUCGGAAAAGAGCGCGCAGCGUAUUUCGAAAGCAUCUCCAAUUUGACCAAUCUAACGUCUGCUCAUCUGCAGCGUUUUAGCUACAUGCCUAGCGGGGGUCACCGUCAUAAGCGUUCCAUCACGAAAAGCAGCUCUUUGGAUUUGUUCACAUCAUCGCUUGCACUAACAAUUUUACGUUGUUAA